AUGUUGUACGGUAGUUCGAGAGUCAAUAAGUCCGGUAAGAAAUCUGUUGCGCCGAAAGCUUUCGCUCGACGGAAAGCACCUCAAGAGUCUACACCUCAAGCACCCACCAACGACCCACAACUACCUAGUGGAGAGAACCAGGUUACGUCCACGUCGAAAGAACCUAUCAGCAAGAAUGCAGACGAAUCCAUUCCCACGCCAGCGGCAGAAGCUAGUUCUUCAGCUUUACAACAAUUACCUAGUGCACCGAACGAAGAUUCUCAAGAGGAUGCAAGCGAAUCCGUCUCUAGACUCACAGUGCUACCGGAUCCAACACAACAUACCGUAAUAGAGACGACAAGAUCACUUUCAUCUGCAAUCCAGACAACUGGACCAGCAUCUUACCAACUCUCGACUCCUGCGCCCAGCGAAUCUGUGGUAUCUGAAACACCAUCCUUAGACGAAGCUAGCACUGCAACCCGAUCAGUCCAGCGUCACGCCGCCACCAAUAACGAGAACAAUGAGCCAAAUAACAGCAGCAGAGAUGUGCCCAUAUCAGUGAAUGACAACGCUGGAGAAGAGCUCGUAGUUACUCGCAGUAAGGGAAAGCGAAAACGUGUCGGCAACGUAGUUACAGAUGGAACAGCGUCAGCGUCAGGUACGGCUCCGCCGGUCAAAAAGCCACGUAAAGUGCGGAAAGAUAAAGGUACAACGCGGAAACCCAAAGAUGUCUCACCAAACACGCCUCCUACAGAUGGAGAUGCAGUGGUAUCGCCAGACCAGGAGUCAUCACAGAGUGUUGCACGUACAAGCGGCAACGAUAAUCGGAGUGCAACGAUAAAUGAAGAAGAAGACGGAACUACUGCGUUGGAAAACGACGAGGUAGAUAACUCGACCACACGUCCGGUCAAAAAUCAGCGCAGACGGAAGAUUCGAUCGCCCACACCCGAAGAUGCGGAGAAUAAACGUGUUGAUGUAUAUUCUACGACUAUGACUGAUAUCUGCGUUGACAGAAGAGAAGGUGAAGUUUCCACAAGAGAGAGAGCUAUGCGCAAGAUCGACUGGGACGACGUCAAGCGCAAGCGCAAAGAACGCAUGCAGUUUCCCCCAGCUAGCGCACCACGUCCUGCGCAGGAACAAGAACAGACAGGAGCAGGCAGUGAAGAUGGUGCAGAAGGUGGUGACGAUGCUGAAGAUAACUUUAUAUCCAGCACAACCACAAGAGGACCGCAAUUUCGGAUAUUGGCCGACGGCAGGUUCGUGCUUGAUGAAGCAAGCACUGUAAUCAACCAGCGGGCAACUGCGACACGCGACGAGGAAAUUCUCGAUGUGGUUGAGGAAGACGACCUCACGACGCAGAUAAACCAACAUUCGUUCAUGUUCGAUCACAAGCGAGAUCCGAAUGAUCGACGGCCCACGCCCAACGAUCGAUGGGGAGUGGAGGACGACACGAAAUUUUACGAAGCAUUGGGGAUGUUUGGUACGGAUUUUGGAAUGAUAUCAAAGAUGUUUCCAGGGCGCACACGUCGGAACAUCAAACGCAAAUUCACACGCGAGGAGCGAGCAAAUCCUUCACUCGUCCGAGCAGCACUUGUCGGACAGGUCAAGACCUCGCUCGAUAUCGAGAAGUAUCUACGCGAAAGCGAUGGCAGGGAGGAGGACCUGAUUGACCCUCGCAAGCUGGAGGCGGAACUAGAGGCCAAAAGUACGGAAAUGCAGACCGAGAUCGAGGCAGCUAGGAAGGAAUACACGGAGACGGAACGACAGAAGAAGAUUGCGGCGGGUGGAACAGGGCAGAAAGACGCGAACAACGGAGCAGGUGCAGUCGGGCAGGAUGUGCCGGGCGUGGGUAAGAAGAAGACCAAGAAAGCGAAGAAGAACGCAACGCGGGGCGGUGAGGAGGAGAUCAUUCUCGAGACGGUGGAGGAUGAUAUCCCAUUUCCGACGAGGAACAGAAGCUACUGGAACUGA